AAAUAUUUUACCAUAUAUGAAACAUAUAACGGUUUCAGUCUACCGAACUAAACAUACCAGCAUUUAAGGCUAUUCUCAGGAAAUGCUCUACUACGACUCUUUUCAGAUUUGUCAUCCAUUUUCUUAUCAGGUGUUAGUAACUAUUAGUGGUUUAGUAGCAUACUAAUGAUUCAACGUCUAUCUUUCACUACGCCUAGUCGCUACUUCCCUAAUACCCCCAACGAUCUACAGAUGUCAUCUGAAAUGUGCAACGGAAAACAACAAUGCUCUGUUUGGAUGGGAUUUAAGGAUCUUAUCAGCAUACGCCGCGUACCCGGGUGGAUGCAGCUGGUCGCUAGGUUAGCUUAAUUAAAGAUAGUUGAAACCAUUCAGCAGACUGGGAAAAGGUUUUAGUUGCUUCUGAAUAGUGGCGCUAAAUGGAAGACUAAGUUAGUUAGUUAGUUCUUAGAAUAAAAGUGUAAUAUAAUGGUUCUUGCUGUGGAUAGCAUAGCAGGGGGAAGGAUAUUUUAUAUCGACCCAGCCACUUCAAAUGGAAAAUUAGGUCAAGCAAAAGAUGAAGAACCGAAAAGUCACACCUUUGACGAGGCAAUCGAUAUUGUAGGUUUCGGUCGAACUGGGUGGCAAGUGUUUUUGGUGUCAGCAUUGAUCAUGUUGGCCGUAAUCAACGAAACUAUGGGAAUAUCUAUACUGAUUCCGGCAUCGCAUUGCGAUUUGAACCUCUCAGCAACGGACAAAGGUGUCCUAACUGGUGUAAGUUUUGCAGGUAUCAUCUUGACGUCGCACUUGUGGGGUUAUGUGGCCGACACCAAAGGGCGAAAGAAUGUGAUCGUGCUUUCGCUGGUAAUCACUACCCUGUGCUCGCUGGUGUCGAGCAUGGCCGUUAAUUUCACUACCAUUGCGGUGAUGCGGCUGCUAGUCGGAAUGAGCAUCUCCGCACCUUCUGCGACGAUUUAUGCUUACUUGGGAGAAUUUACCAAAACAGAAAAACGGACUGUGGUGAUAUCGUUUGCCAGCGUGGCCGUGGGUUUAUCUUAUGUCUUCACUGGAACUUUCGGUUGGAUAGUGCUCUCUUUCGACUGGCGAGUCAACAUUUUGGACCUGGUCGAGUUUCGUCCAUGGCGGCUCCUCUUUAUUCUGUACUCGUUGCCAGGAGCAAUCGGGGCCGUUUGGUUGAUGUUCCUUCCGGAGAGUCCCAAAUUUUACAUCUCUCGUGGCCGAGAUGAUAAAGCGUUGGAAAUUCUUCGGAAUAUGUACGUGGAAAAUCAUCCCGGGGUCGGCGAAGAUGAUUUUCCAGUGAAAAGGUUUACACCCGAGUGUAACGAAACGGUCGAUUGUAUGAAACAGGACGGUUGUCUCACCAUCUUGGCUAGUAUGUGGAACCAAACAGUUCCGCUCUUCAAACGUCCGAAUUUGCUGUAUUUUUCGGUCUGCUGUGCGUUGCAGUUUGGAAUGUUUGUGGUUUCAGCCGGAAUGGGCUUAUGGUAUCCAGAGAUUGUAAACCGUGUGACGAAGUCAAAUGGAAAUGAUUCUGCUACAAUAUGCGAAGUAUUACGAGGAGUUGAGUUACCAGAACAAGAUCUACUGCACGAUAUGGAAGAUGUGUGUAACGAUCACGUCACUAGUGACGUAUUUGUAUAUGUGAUAGCCCUUGGAUCUAUCUACACCUUCCUGUAUCUGGCCAUUUCAACCAUGUUGCGGAAGUUCAGUCGUGGAUAUAUUUUGGUUAUAAAUUUAUUGAUUUCCGGUGUAUCUGGAGUUCUUCUGGUAUUCAUAAAUGAACCAUAUUGUGUUCUGGUGCUGUUUUGUUCUUUCAUGGUAUUUGCUGGAAUUUCAAUUUCCAUAGUGAAUGGCGCAGCAGUAUCACUAUUUCCAACUAGCGUCCGAGCUAUGGCAGUUUGUUUAAGCUUGAUGAUGGGUCGACUUGGUAGUGUAGUUGGAACCAACAUGAUAGGACUAAUAAUGGAGGAAAACUGCAAUUUGACGUUUAUUUUGUUUGGUGGUUGCUCUCUACUAGGAGCAGCACUAGCAUUUAUUCUCCCUAGUCGAUAAUAUCAUUUCAAAAAAAAAAAAAACUUGUACUGAGUUGCUAAUAAAUUUGUCUAGUCAAAACUUAAA